CUGUGCUUAUUAGCGUUCCUGUCGGGGUUUGAUACUUUUUAACAGUUUGAUCUUCGCUUAAAAGAACUUCAGUCUGCCUCCGCGGGAAACACGGUGCCGGUGACCGCUGUGCGAAAAUGAGGCUUCACUCUGCAGCUGCGCUUGUCGUGUACCUCUGCUUGUGGAUACCUGUUGCUCAUGCGAAUGAAGCACCAGAAGAUCAAGAUGCGUCAGGAGACGAUGAUGAGUUCUCUGCGUCAGGAUCAGGAGAUGAUGACAUUUGGAUCGAUGACCCUGUGAAGACAACUCAAGCAAGUCCCAACGCUACAGAGGCAGCCUGGUUCACAACCCCUGAUGCUUUUCCAGAAGAUUCUACUACUACUACCCCGUUUAUCGUCCUUGACAACAAGGCUGAAACCUCUGGCGAUAUCACUGAAGCCUUUUUGCCACGCACAACUGAAAACACGGAGACUGAAGCCUUUUUGCCACGCACAACUGAAAUUACAGGGACUGAAGCCUUUUUGCCACGCUCAACUGAAAACACGGAGACUGAAGCCUUUUUGCCACGCACAACUGAAAUCACGGAGACUGAACGGAAGAUAUUUGACCUAAUUAAACCAUUAGGUGAGGAAGGUGAGACCACAACAGUCAACAAUGAGGAGCAGCCUGAGACCACAACAGUCAACAAUGAGGAGCAGCCUGAGACCACUCAACCUCCAGCUUUGGAACCACCAGUGGUCCCCACGAGUGAUUCAUCAAACAUAGAGCCUGAGGAAGAGGAAACUAUGGUUUAUAAGGAACCAGAACCUGUGGCGACUGAGGCACCUGAUAUGGAGACCACACCACUGGUGUUGAGUACCACAUCAGAGAGUAAUCUAGCGGAUACUGAAGCUUCGGGUGAUGCUGUUGAAUCCACCACCGUUGAGACUAAUUUCAUUGAAGAUACAAUUUCAGAUAAGGGACAACCCGUAGUUGAGUCCAAGCAGCCAACAUUGACUGAUGUUGAUUUCGAGAUCGACAAUGAAAUAAAGCCGAGAUCACAACCAGGGUCUGGGUCUGAUUCUGAAUACGCACGAGGUUCCGACAACGAUAGCUUACUGGAAAGGAAAGAAGUCCUUGCAGGUGUCAUUGCAGGUGGCGUGGUGGGCUUGGCUUUUGCGAUCAUGCUUGUUUCCCUCAUGGUCUACCGCAUGAAGAAGAAGGAUGAGGGUAGUUAUUCACUGGACGAGCACAAGCACCCCAAUGGAGGCUAUCAGAAACCACAGAAACAGGAAGAGUUCCUGGCAUAAAGUCUCUUAUAUACACUGCUUCUGUCUCUUCAUUUCUAUGCUUGACUACCACUUAAAACUUCCCGACUCACCAGAUUCCACAUGCUUUGGUGACCCUUUUUUAUGUUGGAUUUGCAACACAUCGGAUUUGCACCUGAAUUGGUUGAUUUUUGAUUUUCAGGAAAGGUUCUAUUGUAUUUGUAUGGUUUUUUUUUUUUUUUUUUUUUUUUUUCUCCCCACCCUCCUUUGUAAUGGAUUCUCACACUGUGGAUUGAGACUGUCCUCAUGAGUCUGGUUAUAAGUGUGAGGGACCUUGGAGCUGGCCAUUUAUUUGUUAGGGUUCUGCUUUCUGCCUGUGCUGGGAAACCACAGUAAACCAGUAAACGUUGAACCGGCUUCUCAUUUCCACCGUGCCUUAUUUCCUGUUCCAGUGAACUGAAGAGCACGCCGAGUGCAGUAGAGAGAGAGAAAGAGAGUGAGAGAGCACCUCCUCCAACUGUUUGUUGCCUUGGUAACAGAUAGUUGCCAUAGGGACUGAAAACAUGGAUUGCACUUUUGACACACAACCAUAACAAUCCUGAAUUACAAUCGCUGUUUGCUUGGAACUGAUUACGUGUUUCAGCUUGGCCUGGGCUCUCUUACUUUCAUAUGUUGAUAUUGUAAUAUUACACAUGGUUUUAUCACUCGUGUGGAAGGAGAGCUGCCUCACUUAGUGAGCUGGAUUCCCUUCAAUUUCCUUCUUGUUUUGUACUUGCGUGGAAGAUGGCGUGUCAGAACGAGCGAUGCAGAGUUGAUGUCGAAAAAGUGGUAUGAAUUAUUCUUGAUCAGGCAUGACUGUCAUCUUACACAAUAUUGCUGUAUUUCUUAAGAAACUAAAUGAGUAUAUGCUGAAUUCUCAAUUACACUGUAUAAAAUUUCUAAAAAUUUACACAAAUGCAGUUUUGUUGUUGUUGUUGCAUCAGCUCUUUGUAUAUAUGCUAGUGGACCAAAUCUACAGCUUGAAAAUCUUUACUGAGAUAGAAGAUGACUAAUGUAUAUUAAAAGGGUCAUUUAAGACCUAUUUGUACAAGUGUGUAAAAUUUUCUGUUUUUAGUUAUUACUUGUAUCAAAGGACUCCAAGCGGCAAUGAGCUUUUUUGGAAAAAAUAUAUAUAAAUAAAUCACAGACCGCGCAGAAAUCGAGAUCUCACCGAAUCUGUCCCAGCUACAUUUUGUCUGCAGUGAAAGAAAGGUGUUAUAAUGGCUCCCUGGAAAAUAACAAGCUAAGAGUGUUUAAAUAAAUUUCGAACCGAUGUCAUUAAAUAGGGGAAAAUCUAUCCUUUUUUUUUUGCAAAUGCUAAUCUUACAUUACCAUGGAAUUAGCUGCUUAUAAUGGCCGAGCAGAGUAAAGCCGUAUUACUCCUAAAGUGUCACGUAUUACUGAACCUGCGCGUGCCAUGCGAUGUGUAUGACUUGCCUUCGUUUUCAACUCUUUCUUUAACUUAAUGUUGGUAUUUUUACAAACGGACAAAUUUGACUUUUUGGGAACCUUAUUCCAGGCUUCAGGAUAGCUCAGCUCAACUAUUUUUCCAUAAUGGAGGUUUUGAAAGAGGUAGUGGCAAAAGUGUGUGAAAGUACACUCGCAGCAGAGAAAAACUUUUGUGCCUUUUCAGAACGGCCGGCCACGCCUCAGAGAGAGCUGCCUUUGUGUUUUGUUGCUGUGCAAAAGAAAUAUUAGACCUACUUAUGUCAUAGUUUGUACAAAUCUCUCUAUUUAUUAUGCACAGUUGUUUUUCUAUGUUUAAUAAAAGGGAGUCCAUUUUCA